AUGUCAUUUCUGAGACUAGACUGGUUGGGGACGCAGGCAGAGCUGCUGUGGACCUCCAGGUUCCUCCAUGGGGAUGAGGAGAGCCUAGGGUUUGCCCAGAGGGAUGAGUUGAGCAGGACCUAUGGAGAGGACCAAGAGGAGACCAGGGAGUCACCCACCACCUCCAGCCCAGAGGGGGGAAAUGAGACACCUACCAGUCCCUCCAGCAGCAGCUGUCUUAAAAUCACCACCUGGGAGGCAGGAUGGAACGUGACCAAUGCUAUUCAGGGUAUCUUUGUUCUGGGGUUGCCUUACGCUCUCCUUCAGAGUGGCUACCUAGGAUUGCUACUGCUCAUUCUGGCUGCGGUCAUCUGCAACUACACAGGUAAGAUCCUUGUAUCCUGCCUGUACGAGGACAACGAGGAGGGCCAGCCCAUACGAGUGCGGGACACCUACGAGGACAUCGCCAAUGCCUGCUGUAAGCGCCUGUGCCCCCUCCUGGGCGGGCGGGUGGUGAACGCAGCACAGGUGGUAGAGCUGAUGAUGACCUGUAUCCUCUACCUGGUGGUCAGCACCAACCUAAUGUGUCACAGCUUCUCCUUCCUCCCGCUCCCCCCCGCCGCCUGGUCCGUGAUGACCUUCCUGACCCUAGUGCCCUGCAUGCUGAUCCGGGACCUGAGGGUGGUCUCCAGACUCAGCCUGCUCUGCUCCCUGGCCCAGUUCCUCAUCACCUUCAUCGUGGUGGCCUACUGCCUGCACCAAGCCCACCGCUGGUCCUGGAGGAGGAUGGUCCUCUUGGUGGACUUUGAGAGGUUCCUGGUGUCCGUGGGGGUCAUCAUCUUCAGCUACACCUCCCAGAUCUUCCUGCCCACCCUGGAGGGAAGCAUGGAGGACAGGGGGGACUUCUCCGACAUGAUGAGCUGGACACACUCCCUGGCUUGUGUGUUGAAAACCACCUUCUCUGUGCUGGCCUUCCUCACCUGGGGCGAGGAUACUAAAGAGGUGAUCACUGAUAACCUUCCCAUUGGCCUACGUAUGGUGGUCAACCUGUGCCUCCUGGCUAAGGCCCUCCUCUCCUACCCCCUGCCCUUCUACGCUGUGGCUGAGGUCCUCCAGAGCAGUGUUCUAAGGCUGGAAGCGGCGCAGGUGGGUGUGGACAUGAGGACUCUGGUUCUGCGGGGCUGUCUCCUGUUGAUGACCUUCCUCAUGGCACUCUACAUGCCCCACUUCUCCCUGCUCAUGGGGCUGACGGGCAGCGUGACGGGGGCGGCCAUGACCUUCAUCCUGCCCUCCCUCUUCCACCUGCAGCUCAAGUGGACCACCAUGAGCAGUAGGCUCAAGGCCCUGGACCUUCUAAUCUUAACUCUGGGAUCUCUGUGUAGUUUAUCGGGGUUGGUUUGCUCCAUCAAGGGAAUGAUUCAGGCUUUUGGGCGUUGA